GCGAGACAUUUAAGUGCGGCGCAUUCCUGUGCACGGUGCCGGCGAAGGAAGACUCACGGGCGGGGAGACACCACGGGACGCCUCGCAGGGGGAGCCGGAGGAGCUCACCCCAAAGCAAAACUCACGUCAGACCGCGAGGAGCUCGGUGAGGGGGCGGGAUUCAUCAGUGACCUGCACGCGGUUUGAGGGCCGAGGGAGCGGAGAUGUCGGAGCUUCUGUUGAGCGUGCUCGGGGAGCGGCUUGUCAACCGCGAGAAAGCCGAGGUGGACGUGCAGGCGCUGGGUGAACGGGUGUCGCUGCUCGGCCUGUUCUUCGGCUGCAGCCUGAACGCGCCGUGCCGGCAGUUUAACGGCAGCCUGUGUGACUUCUACGGCCGCUUCAAGCAGACUUCGGAGCACCGAGACCAGCUGGAGGUGGUGUUCGUCUCGUCGGACCAGGAGCAGAAGCAGUGGCAGGACUUUUUGCAGGAGAUGCCCUGGCCCGCCUUGCCAUUCAAAGACAGACACAAAAAGAUGAAACUGUGGAACAAGUACAAGGUGACCAGCAUCCCGUCACUGGUGUUCGUGGACGCAGCCACGGGGAAGGUGGUCUGUCGGAACGGUCUGCUGGUGGUCAGGGACGAUCCCAAAGGUUUGGAGUUCCCCUGGGGGCCCAAGCCAUUUGCAGAGGUGGUGGCGGGUCCUCUGCUCAGGAGCAACAGGCAGUCGAUCGACAGUGCUUGCCUGGAGGGGCACUACGUCGGGGUCUACUUCUCGGCACACUGGUGUCCACCAUGCCGCAGUUUGACACGAGUGUUGGUGGAGUCGUAUCGCACAGUCAAAGAGUCGGGUCAAAAGUUUGAGAUUGUGUUUGUCAGCGCUGACAGGUCUGAGGAGUCUUUCCAGCAGUACUUCAGCGAAAUGCCCUGGUUGGCAGUGCCGUAUUCAGACGAGGCUCGACGCUCGCGGCUCAACAGGCUGUUUGGGAUUCAAGGUAUCCCCACCCUGAUCCUGUUAGACACCGAGGGUCACGUGAUCACGCGACAGGGCCGCGUGGAGGUGCUGAAUGACCCCGAGUGCCGACUGUUCCCGUGGCACCCUCGCCCCGUGCUGGAGCUCAGCGAGGCGAACGCCGCUCAGCUUCAUGAGGGACCAUGCCUCGUCCUCUUUGUGGACGCAGAGGAGGAGGGCGAGCUGGAGCCGGCCAAGGAGCUAAUCCGGCCCAUCGCUGAGAAGCUGAUGAUUAAGUAUAAAGCCAAGGAGGAGGAGACGCCGCUGCUCUUCUUUGUGGCCGGAGAGGAUGACAUGAGCGACUCCUUGCGUGAUUACACCAAUCUGCCAGAGGCUGCGCCGCUGCUCACCAUCCUGGACAUGUCAGCGCGAGCCAAAUACGUGCGCGAUGUGGAGGAAAUCACGCCGGACGUGGUGGAGCAGUUUGUCGACGACUUCCUGGCAGACAAGCUCAAACCCGAUCCCAUCUGAGACAGGGAGUCCUAAUAUGGACGAGAAUGGGACUCUUCACAAUCAUCAUUAAUGCACUCCUGCGUCAUCAUUCAAUUUUUACUAGUUUAACUUUUUUUACUCUCUCUGUCUCCUGUGGUGCCUUGCAUUGACUCUAUAGCCCCUACAGUUAAUAUAUACAAAUAUUCUCUUGUUUUUCCACAUUAUGACAUUAAUAAAUACCAUUUCUGGAUUCUAGCGAAGCCCAGCGGACCUACUUAUCACUGACAUCUUUCUUACAUCUGCACCAUGGAGCAUUGAAAACAAAAGAAAAAAAGAAUAAAGUGAUUGCAUUUUUUGUU